AUGGUUUGCUUCCUCAAUACCACAAAAAAAGAGCAGCAAGAAGACCUCAGAAGGAAAGAUGAUCUUUCCAAACACUCCUUCGCUGUUUCUGUCUUUGAAGACACAGAGGGCUUCGUCGCCAUGCAGCAGCACCCCACAGUGCGCCGAGUGCAGCAGCAGCAGCAGCAGCAGCAGCAGCAGCAGCAAGAGGGAGAGCAGAAGCAGCAGAAGAAGCCGAAGAAGAAACAGAAGAAACAGAAGCGCAAGCGGCAGCCGAAGCAGCAGCAGCAGCAGCAGUAG